AUUGAUGAUGAAGCUGAGUAUAUAGCAUAGGGAAAUGUCGAUGGGUGUGCCAGUGUCUUUUGCUCUCACACUGCCUCCACUGCGUCAGAGUUAUGGAGACACCACCAACUCAAAAGCAAGAGGCCUUAGCAAGUCAUGUAUUCUCAUCAUAGCGGUGGCCAGUGUGGAGAGGUUUGCAUACAAAGGUGUGGCCUCCAACUUGCUGAGCUACCUCACUGACCAUGUGAAGAUGAGCACCUCCUCGGCGGCCAAGAGUGUGAGCACUUGGAGUGGGGUGACUUCCAUGCUUCCUCUCGCAAGCGCGAUCCUCGCUGAUUCUUACUGGGAUCGUUACUCUACGAUCAUGGCCUCAUCCUUGCUCUACAUCGUCGGACUGGUGGGAUUGACCUCAUGGGCGUUACUGUGUGCAUGGAUGCCAACCUCCUCCCUGUUUCUUCCCCUCUACUUGAUCUCCAUUGGACAAGGUGGAUACAACCCAUCCUUACAGGCGUUUGGAGCAGAUCAAUUGGAGUUGGAAGAUGGUCUGCCAUGUGGCACAGAGCAAGGGAAGAGCGACAAGAAGAGCCUCUUCUUCCAGUGGUGGUACUUCGGCAUCUGCAGUGGCAGCCUCUUGGGGAACUCCAUCAUGUCCUACAUCCAGGACACCUUGGGCUGGGGACUGGGCUUCGCCAUCCCCACAGGCGCCAUGGCGAUCUCGGUCGCUUGCUUCCUGUGCGGCUCUCGGUUUUACGUCCACAAGCAACUCAAGAUCCCCAACAGGCCUGUGGAGAGCAUCAUCCAAGCAGUGAAGCUCGCUGUGACGAAGAUCAAGUCCAAAAGCCACGGUUUACCUUCGAGAGAUGCAGUGGAGCUCGAGUUGCAGGAAAAGCCUCUCAGGGAUGGAUCUGAUCGCUCGACGAGUUCAGGUAGAAGCAACAGCGCUGCGGAUGAAGCACCUGGUGUGGGGAAAACGUUCCUGAGGCUCCUACCGAUAUGGACGACGCUCCUCAUGUUUGCCGUCAUCUUCCAACAGCCUGUGACGUUCUUCACGAGGCAAGGCAUGAUGAUGCGACGCAGCAUCGGGGACGGCAUCACGAUCCCUCCGGCGAUGCUUCAGAGCGCCAUCACCAUCUCGAUCAUACUGAUCAUGCCGCUGUACGACAAGCUCAUCAUUCCCUUGCUGCGCCUGCUCACUCGGCAGGGGAAGGGCAUCAACGUGCUGCAGAGGAUCGGGAUAGGGAUGUGCCUGUCGGUGGUCGCGAUGGUCGUGGCCGCAGUGGUAGAAUCGAAAAGGAUCGGGAUUCUAAGAACAGAGGGGUCGCAACUCGACUCGCAGCUGACCAUCUUCUGGUUGCUGCCUCAGUACGUCCUCCUGGGGAUCUCCGACGUGUUCACCGUCGUCGGCAUGCAGGAGUUCUUCUACAUGGAGGUGCCGACGACCAUGAGAACAAUUGGAAUAGCUCUGUACCUGAGUGUGUUUGGUGUGGGCAGCUUCCUGAGUGCUCUUCUGAUUUCAGUCCUGGAGUCGAUCAGCAACACAAGUGGGAAGCACCAUAACUGGUUCUCCGAUGACACAAGGGAGGGGAGGCUGGACAACUACUACUGGUUCCUGGCUCUGUUAAGCUCCAUUAGCUUUCUGAUCUUUGCAUGUUUGUGUAGAUACUACAAUCAUCCGAAUGCAGCUGAAAACUGAGUCACCAUCAGCAUCAGCAGCUCCUUAGCCGAGCAACUUCACAGUUCCUGUGAAUUUUUGAGAACUUUGAUCGAUGUCAGCUGGCCAUUUUGACAUCCUAAACUAUGUCUUCAUACUUGCAGUAA